CUCUUAUGGGCCGCCAUUUUGUGUUAGGCCCAGUCUUCUAAAGCGGGAGAAAAUUGUUAGUCCGGCGCUCAACACGUCCGGACGGUCACAGCGGGACUGAGCAGAGCCACCGCACACGCUGAGCCUCCAAGUGAAUAUAACGAGGGGAAGAAGCAGCCGGGAGUAAGUGAAGCCGGGUGUUUGUUUGCCCAUCACCAUGGAGGGUGAGGUUGUUUCCAUGGAGACCUCUCAGGCUGAUGGAAAGGGCUUGCCAGAAGGCGAAGUCUUGAUACAAGGGGCAGCCAUGGCUCCACAGGGAGAGGUUGCUGGUAACAUGGAGAUGAUGGUGAUGGACGCGCUCGAUCCAACUCUGCUGCAAAUGAAGACAGAAGUGCUGGAGGGCGGUGGCACUGUGACUGUCACUGGUGGAGAUGAGGGUCAGAUCAUCACGCUCCAGGUGGUGAAUAUGGAGGAACAGGCCGGAGCUGCAUUAGGUCUUGGUCAACUUCAGCUGGUGCAGGUGCCUGUCACAACAACCACUGUAGAGGGACUUCAGGCUACUUAUGUUGACGCCUCAGCAGCUAACAAGGACGCAGAGCCAGUUAUCUGUCACACUCUUCCCUUGCCGGAGGGUUUCCAGGUGGUAAAAGUGGGCGCCAAUGGUGAAGUAGAAACUGUAGAGCAGGAGGAGCUCCAGGCAGCGCACGAUGAACUUCAAGGGACAAGAGAUGAAGAAGAAGAGGAGGAGGAUGAUGGAGAAGCAACAGCUGAAGUAGAGCUUCCUGUGCCUGCACAAGAAGACCCAGAAUGGUCCAAAGAUCCAGACUACCAGCCCAUCACCUCUGUCCGUAAAGGAAAGAAAGGAAAGAAGAGCCGCCUGAGAUACGGAGAUGGAGAUCGUGACAUGGAUGUUUCUGUGUACGACUUUGAAGAAGAGCAGCAAGAGGGGCUGCUGUCAGAGGUCAAUGCUGAGAAGGUUGUAGGCAACAUGAAGCCACCAAAGCCCACCAAGAUCAAGAAGAAAGGUGUAAAGAAGACUUUCCAGUGUGAGCUGUGUAGCUACACCUGUCCAAGGCGCUCCAACCUGGACCGACACAUGAAGAGCCACACAGACGAGAGACCACAUAAAUGUCACUUGUGUGGACGGGCCUUCCGAACAGUCACGCUGUUGAGAAACCACCUCAACACACACACAGGCACUCGGCCACAUAAAUGCACAGAUUGUGACAUGGCAUUUGUGACCAGCGGUGAGUUGGUGCGUCACCGUCGCUACAAACACACACACGAGAAGCCCUUCAAGUGCUCCAUGUGCGACUAUUGCAGUGUGGAGGUGAGUAAGCUGAAAAGGCACAUCCGCUCUCAUACAGGGGAGCGACCCUUCCAGUGCAGUCUGUGCAGCUAUGCUAGCAGAGACACUUACAAGCUGAAGAGACACAUGAGGACACAUUCAGGUGAAAAGCCGUACGAGUGCUACAUCUGCCAUGCCCGUUUCACGCAGAGCGGCACCAUGAAGAUGCAUAUUCUGCAGAAACACACGGAGAACGUGGCUAAGUUCCAUUGCCCACACUGUGAUACUGUCAUCGCACGCAAGAGUGACCUCGGCGUUCACUUGCGGAAGCAGCACUCGUUUAUUGAGAAGGGAAAGAAAUGCCGUUACUGUGAUGCUGUGUUUCAUGAGCGAUACGCUCUCAUCCAACACCAGAAGACUCACAAGAACGAGAAACGAUUCAAGUGUGAACAGUGUGACUACUGCUGCAGACAGGAGCGCCACAUGAUCAUGCACAAGCGCACACACACUGGGGAGAAGCCGUUCGCCUGCAGCCAGUGUGAGAAAACAUUCCGGCAGAAGCAGCUUCUGGACAUGCACUUCAAGCGCUACCACGAUCCCAACUUUGUCCCUACUGCCUUCGUCUGCAACAAGUGUAGCAAGACCUUCACCCGCAGGAACACCAUGUUGCGUCAUAGUGAGAACUGCACAGGCGAAGUUACUGAAGAAGAAAAUGGAACUCCCACACCCAAAAAGGGUCGUCCCAGGGGCAGGAAGAGGAAGAUGCAGACCAGAAGGGAUGAAGAUGAUGAUGAGGACGACACAGAGGCUGAGCUGGAUGAGCUGGAGGAGGAAGAGGGCUUAAGUGAGAUUGAAGUGGAACAGGCCCCACCAGUCGUCCCUAUCCCAGCUCCUGUGGAACCACCAGUCAAGAGGAAACGUGGACGACCCCCAAAGAGCAAACUAGACACGGCCGCUAUCAUCCGUGUGGAGGACGAGGCCACUGGAGAGGUGGAUGACAUAAUCGUGAAGAAGGAGGUUGGAGCUGAACAAGAUGACCAGGACGAGGCAGCCGUGGAGCAGGUGGUGGUUGGUGGGGGGAAGUCGACCAUUCAGAUGGAGGAGUUACCCCAGGAAGAGGGCACAGCACCGCUGUCUGAGGCCCCGCCUAACGGAGACCUGACCCCCGAGAUGAUCCUCAGCAUGAUGGACCGGUGAUGGAUGUGACGGUGGAAGCUGUAAUCACACACAUCACAUCUUCAUUUUUAAUUGUUGGAAUAUAGGGGUGCAUCCUAAAAAAAGAAACAAAUAUCACUGUAAUUUAAGAUUUGCCUUUUUAAUCAUGUACUGAUAAAGACUUGGAUGAAAAAGAUUUUUAAUAAGGUUUUGCCUACCAAAAAUGACAUUUCAGUACAUUGGAGUUUGGGGUGGCUGUAAUUGACAGCAGUAUCUUAAACCUUCUCAGUGUGUUUGGUGUCUUGUAGCCCAGUUAUGUGGUAGAAAGCAGCUACGCUACAUUAUUACAUGACUAAAUAUCUUCUGGCUAAUCCUCCAAAUAUGUUUUUAACAUGAUGAACGACUCUGCUAAAUCAAAACUGCAUGAAAUUUUUUUUCCUUUUUUUUUUAUAAAGGAUCUGGGUUCUUCAUCUCUUCUUUUUCAAGUUAUGUUUUACUUGUUAUACAGCCGUGUGUCGUUGCUUUACAUUUGUAGGUUAAUGGUAGGGAACGUCUUUCUUUCCAAUCAGUGAUCUCCUCACUGAAGAGUGCCACGUACCUCUCAGUUUGGACAGAAAACUGCUACAGCAGGCAAAAUGUUGGAAAAUCACAAGAAACAAAGGGGCCACUUUCUGGGAGGGGAUACUGCCAUUAAUCACAGCCACUUCAAGAUUUAAAAAAAAAUAAUAUUUUGAAUAUUUUUAUUUUUUGGUUUCUUCUUCUGUGGUUAGUAAAUCCCCUUUUUAAGCCUGUUUUUCAAAGCGUAAUAGACUUGCUUAUUUUAUGCUCUUUUCUUGCUACUGUAACACCUAGAUGAUGUGUAUGUACUAAACAUUGUCACUGAUAUGUUAAAGGAAAGGAUGUUUUUUGCUCCCAUGCAUAGCCAUUCCACUUUGGGUUGAUGUUUUCUUUUUUUUUUUUGUACCAUUUGGCAAUGCUACGUAGCAGCUUGAAUGAUAUUUUAAUAAGUGUGGCGGACGAGACCGGAUGUAUGACUGUACAACCAAUAAAGAAAAGUAGACAUUGAGACUGAUGUUUUAGGUUUAUGCAGCUGUAAUAAUCUCGAUCUUGGAUAUUUAAAAUCAGUCUGGUUUGGCUGAGAAUUUGACACGUUAGUGGUACACUUAGCAUUUAAAAAGGAAAAAAAAAAUGAUGGCUUGAAUUGUUUUAUCAAUUAGCUGAGAAACACCUGAAUGCUAACAGAAAUGUCCGUGUAUUUUGCUUGCAAAUAUAUUUUAUUAAAUGGACAACUUGAUAUUAA